UGGUUAUCAGUUUGGUUAUAAGAUCUGUGACGUCACCAAUCAGCUGUUAUGUGUCAUAGUUAUCACCGUAAAAGUUUUAAAUUUCUGGUUAUUAUUUGAAAUGUGACAAGUUAGAAUUUUGGCGGGUAUUGGAUAUUUUCGUCGUGCUUGUGAGGUUAUAUGCGCGUUUAAAAGAGCAGUUUUGCAGUUCGUUAUUAAAUUGAAAAUAAUAUGGAGCAAUUUUAUCUAACUUUAAACUAUGAAGGCGUAAACUACGAGGUCUGCGUUAAAGACCUUGAAAUGGCCAAUUUACUUUUGAAUGGAUGCAAGCAUAAGGUAACCCCAUUAAAUCUAGAGGAUUCAAUGGAUAUAGAUGAAACAUCAGGAAGUGUGAAAAAUGAAAUAGAAGAGCAACAACCAGAUCAUACAGAUUCAGAGGAAACUCAAUUGGGUCCCUCAACAACACCAGUUAGCCGAUUUAAAAAAAACUCGAAAGGAAGACAUUGCCAAUGUGUAGAACUCAAUCCUUCCAUAAAAAAAGGUACCAUACCUUUUGUGAUAGCUAACAAACCUUGUGUAAAUGGAUACCUCUCAGUUUCUAGAGUUAUUGUGAGGGUAUCCCACGCGAUUGCAAAACUGUAUCCACGAUACGUGAGGAUGCCAGAAGAUUUGCUUGAUGAACAAGUAAAGUUCUACAAUAUUUCUAGACUUCCUAGAAUUGUUUGUGUGAAUGAUGGAACACACAUUAAGAUAAAGAAUCCAGGAGGUGUAGAUGGAGAAAUAUUCAGGAACCCAAAAGGCUUCUUUUUGUUGAAUGUACAAGUUAUGUGUGAUUUAGACAUGAAGUUCACUGAUGUGGUAGCAAAGUGA